AGUUUGAAGCCUCUUGAAGAUGGGGAAAUAUUUGAAGAAAAGGGCUUUAAAGGACAAAGUUUCUUGAGAGAGUUCAACAAUGAAGAGGAAAUGAGAGGUGUGGGCCAAGGCAACGUAGGAGUAGGCAGUGCCAUCAAAGUAGACAAGUUGACCCAAGCACUGGGCGACGCCCCACUUCAAUUUGGAACCCAGUUACCGAAGCCGUUGAGACGAACAAUGCUAGAUCUUCCCAUGGAGGCGACGAUGAAGCAACCUAGCCAAGGGGCGAUGCCAGAUCGGCUUCUAUCGGUGUGA